UGUGUGUUUGUCUAACGAAAGGUAAACGCAGCAGAGCCGUCGUCGUGAACCCACAGGAAAAAAUGAAGCGAGGCCGGCGACUAAGACGCAAUGUGGACGCCGACACGAAACGGAAUUUCUUCGGUGCUGGAUGCCAUUCGGUGCCACCGGUUCGUGUGUGUGCCGUUUUCCAGUAUAACGCCUUUCACUCUUGUCGUGGGUGUCUCUCUCUGUGCAUAGAACUAGGGAAAGACGAAGAAGAAAAAACCCCAAAACAAAUUUUUGAUAUGAAAAAUCUACGAAUGUACGUGAAAGAAGAAGGAGAGACUGGGAGCGUCCGGGGCGUGCCAAUCGAUCCACUACGGGACUGAGAGAGUCCCCAACGUUCACUCUCUAAAGCCUCUCCUACUAUAGGUCCAUCCAUAAGCGAACGAAACAAACGAACGAACGAAGGAAUGAAAGAACGAAACAAGACGAGACAAUUUAAAAGGACAAGUGAAACCCAUUCACCUUGUUCAGUCUCUUACGGCGCUCGCUCUCAACUUGUUCUCUCUUCUCCUCCUCAGCUCCUAGCUUUUAGCAAAAGUCGACGCACAUAACAGUCGACGCAGUUGUCCGUUCCCUCACAGUCUCAUUCAUCAGUCCGGCCCGGAUACAAGCAAAGUUAACUUAGCUCCGUCCCCUUUUUAAUUAUCCUCACUCCCAGCCACCCAAACACAAUUUGGAUUGAUCCACCAUCAAAAGUGAUUUGAUUUGUGAUCCCCUUCAUCGAAGAGGUUUUGUCUCCACCCAGGAAUCCAAAAUGAGAUCCCAUCAGCUGAUCGCGUUGGGAUUACUCGUCACUGCGUGCGUUUUGAGCGUCCGCUCCAGCGACGACAGCAGCAAGUGCGCCUUGCUCAUCCCCGGCCCCACGACCAGCACGUGCGUCAGUUACGAUGCCAUCAACAGAGCCUUCAACACCGCAAAGGCAACCACCCGCCUCGGCGGCCCCCAAUCAAAGAGCAAAGAAUUGAGCGACAUUGAAAUCGACGUACUCGGCAGGACCAUCGUCGAGACCAGCCGCAUCUUGGCCAAAGAAUUCAAUUUGGCGCCAGAUGCCAUCCACAUGGGAUUGCCAAUGAUCGACACCAGACACACGGCCAUUGACGCCUACUGCCCAGUCAGAUACCAGCGACCCCAAUGCAAGGUCCAGCGCUACCGUGAACUCGACGGCAUGUGCAACAACUUGGAAAAUCCCCACUGGGGCGCCGUCAUGGCCCCCUUCCGUCGACUCCUCGCACCCAACUUCCAAGACGGUGUCGACGCGCCGCGCGUUUCAGCCAGUGGCGCCGAAUUGCCAACAGCUCGACUCGUGUCGUCCCUCACUCACAAGGAUAUGGGCUUUCACGAUCACGCCGUCACCAUCUACUUGCCGGCCUGGGGACAGCUCAUCGAUCACGACAUGGCGAUGGGUGCCGAAUCCAAAGAUCCCAAGACCAACUCUGAGCCCAAAUGCUGCAACGUGCCAGAUAAUCAACGCCACCAGGCUUGUUGGCCCAUCGACAUCCCCAAUUCGGAUCCCUUCUACAAACUCUUCCGCCGGACCUGCCUGGAUUUCGUCCGCUCCGGCAACGGAGUCAAAGAUUCCUGCAAGCUGGGCACCCGAAUCUCCGUCAACACCGUGUCCGCCUACCUGGACGCCAGCCACGUCUACGGCAGCGAUCUGGAAACGAUGAAGAGACUGCGCGUCUUCAAGGGCGGCCAAUUGAAAAGCAACGCCAUGAACCGCCACAAGGGCAUGAAGGACUUGCUCCCGCCCCAGAUGGAGAAUCCCGACGCCAAUUGCAAACGACCCAACAAGGAUGUCCACUGCUUCAUGGCCGGUGACGCUCGAGUCAAUCAACAAAUGAUGUUGGUGGCCCUGCACACGAUCCUGAUGAGAGAACACAACCGCAUCGCCCUGGAACUCAGCCAAAUCAAUUCGCACUGGGACGACGAGAAAAUAUUCCAGGAAACGCGUCACAUCGUCGCCGCCAUCGUCCAGCAAAUCACCUACAACGAAUUCUUGCCCAUGGUCCUGGGCAAGGAAGUCAUGGAACGCUACAAUCUCCUCGGAGAAAGACAAGGAAUGUUGAACAAGUACAACCCGAAAUUGGAGGCCAGUCUGCCGACUUCUUUCUUCGCGGCCGCUUUCCGUUUCGGUCACUCCCUCAUCCCCAACGCCCUGGAACGCUGGAGCACAUCCCACAAAUUCAUCCAGUCCCGACGCCUCAGCGACAUCAUCAACAAGCCGUUCGACGUCUACACCGGCAACACUUGCGACGAGUACCUCACCGGAUUCAUGAACCAAAUCUCACAGGCCGUCGAUGAUUCCGUCUCACAAGAGUUGACCAAUCAUCUCUUCAGAGACGAAACUAGCGGAUUCGGCUCUGAUUUGGCCUCGUUGAACAUCCAGCGCGGCCGUGAUCACGGCGUUCCUUCCUACAACGCCUACCGAGAAUUCUGCGGACUCCGUCGCGCUCGCCACUGGAACGAUUUGGCCGGAUCUUUCAACAACGAAACCCUUCACAAAUACAUGCAAGUCUAUUCCACCCCCGACGAUAUCGAUCUAUGGUCGGCUGGUGUCUCCGAAAGGCCUUUGCCCGGCAGCAUGGUCGGCCCCGUUUUCGGUUGCAUCAUGGGAGAAACGUUCAAAAAUCUUCGCCUUGGCGAUCGAUUUUGGUUCGAAAAUGCCGGACAGCCCAGCUCCUUCUCCCAAGACCAAGUGAACGAAAUCCGCAAGGUCAAAUUGUCCCGCGUCAUUUGCGACAACAGUGACCACAUCGAAACUGUUCAAGUUUACGUCAUGGUCCUUCCGGACGCCGAAAUCAAUCCUCGCGUGGCGUGCAAAUCUGGAAUCCUGCCACGCAUCAACUUGGCCAAGUGGAAGGAAUAAAAAACAAAAAUAGGAAAAAUCGCCUUGGUUUUUUCUAAAAGAAUCAACAAUAGGUUGUAUUCUUUUAAAAAUAUAUUAGAUUAGAAAAAAAAAUGGAUUUAAAAGAACGAAAAAAAAGGGAAACAAACCCAGAGAUUUUAAAGGCUACAAAUCAUAUUAAUAUAUAUUAUACAAUGUCUUCUAUUUUUUUAUUUCUCGGAGAAGGUCGUAAAGAAAAAAAUUUCAAAAUUAAAUAAAAAUACCUUCAUAUAUAUUUAGAAAGAAACUAACUAAUGGUAAUAAACCAAUAGUAAAUAGACUUAGAGUGCGUGUAAAUAUAGACGAGGGCAAACCAUUUGUGUUUUAUUGUCAAAAAUAAAGAGAGCAAAAGCACGAAUUCCUCAAGGAAUUCCUGGUUUUCUCCAUGGAAAAAAGCGAAAGAUUCAAGAUGAAGGAAAGAUUUAAACCUCCCCCUACCCCUUAUUUAUAUGCAGAAAUGUCUCAUACAAAAUUAUUUUUCUUGCUCACGGUGUGAAACAAAAAACCUGAUAAUUCAAAAUACACGUGACGGGUCUUGUAAGAACCACCACAACCCA